CUAGGCUGCGAGUGAAAACACUCCUACCAUCCCAUUGAUGAUGACGAGCAUGGGGACAACCUUUGCCCCGAUCACCACGGUAGAAUCGAUUGGCAUGAUCCCAAUCAUGUCGACCCCGACUCCUAUGCCAACGACAACAAUGUUCCCAGGCUCGAUAACAAUGCCUGGGGGAGCAUUCACACCAUACCCGUCAGCUUGGGCUGAAUUUGCUGCUGACCCAGCGAAUGCUCGGGCUCUACAGGGCUAUCAACAGGUGAUGGCCAUGAUGCAACAGGCAGGGGGCUUCAUGCCAUUUGCCUAUCCUGGCAUGACGCCACCAAUUAUGCCACCCCCGGUGUUGACCCCAUCAACAUUUGUUCCAAGGAUGGUCCAUGUUCGCCCGGUGAAUUUGACAGGGAUCAUGAACGAAGCAGCACCUUCAAAUGUCCAUGAGGUCGAUGAGGCGGAGCAGGAGGCAGCCCGCAGGAGGAAGGGUAAGGCUAUAGCCAAACCCAGCAAGACUCGAGAUUCGGCGUUCAAACGCCUAGGGGACAAAGAGGAUGGACCCCGCAAGUCUGCCAAGCUACGUCUUGGUCCUGAGAUGGGCCGGACUAGCGCAAUGGAAAGACUUUGCGGGAAUCGUCCCGUCCAAUCUCGUCGUUCUAGGGAAUCUGAGACGAUUCACCUAGACGAGAAGGAAGCUGAAAGCCAACCCAGGGCAUCGGCAUAUACCAGGCUCUCAUACGAUGAGGAUGACCUGGACAAGAUAGAGAGCGUAGCGAGAAAGCUACGUGCCCUGGAGGAAAAGGUGGAAGAGAAGACGGGAGCAAAGAAGCAUACCCUGGCAAAAUCCCCUUUUUCGGCCAGGGUACAUGCACAAAAACUGAGACGAAAGGUUAAGCUGGACGUGGAGAAGUUCACAGGGAAGGAGGAUCCAAACGUCCACCUUGACACCUUCCACAAUGCAGCACAGAUGGCCGGGUGCACUGAUGCUGAGGAAUGCUUACUCUUCUUCUCAUCUUUGAGAGGGAGACCAGUGGAAUGGUUUAACGGCCUUCCCCAUGGCAAGAUUGGGUCCUUUGAGAAACUUGCCGAAGUUUUCCGCAAGAAGUACCAGGAUAAUUGCAUCAAGAGAAAGAAGUUCACUUACCUUAACAUGGUAGGGCAGAGGGAGAGGGAGUCCUUGACUCAGUUCUUAACUCGCUGGAGGGACGAGGUUGACAAAGUAGAAGAGAUGGACGAUAAGACGGCCAUGUCUUUGUUGAUGAGUGCCUUCCGGUCAGGUGACCUCUACACUGAAUUCUGUAGGAGGCCACCCUCCUCUUAUCAGGAAGCCUACAAUACGGCAUGGGAGUAUGCCGAGGCGGAAGUCCUGAACAACAGCAAGCGGGAGCUGGAGGAAGGCUAUACGAGGGUAAAAGCCGACAAACCAAAGGACGACCAGAUGGGAGGAUUGGCUCCAAAAGUGGUGACGGUAGUGGAACAAGACCUGAGCCACGCGGGGUCUUUUUUGGGGAGAUUCGUGGAGGCGAUCCACUACUACUCGGCGCUGUUCGAUUCGCUGGGGGCGUGCUACGGGGAGGAGAGCGAGGAGCGGCACGCGGUGGAGCAGCAGCUCCUCUCCAAGGAGAUCCGCAACGUGCUGGCGGUGGGGGGCCCGUCGCGGACGGGGGAGGUCAAGUUCAGCAACUGGAGGGAGAAGCUGCAGCAGUCGGGAUUCCGGGGAGUGUCUCUGGCCGGAAACGCCGCCGCUCAGGCCACUCUGCUGCUCGGAAUGUUCAACUCCGACGGGUACACGCUGGCGGAGGACAAUGGGGCCCUCAAGCUUGGCUGGAAGGAUCUCUGCUUGCUCACUGCUUCUGCAUGGAGGCCUCCUCCUCUCCAACCUCAAUAAAAAUAUUUAUAUAUUUUAAUUUACUCCCUAUAUUAAAUAUAUAUAAUGCAAAUUUCCAUAUCUAUGUUCGAUCCGUUUAAAAACAAAAUGAUUCUCUUCUUUUUUUCCGGUGAUGAUGUUUUUUGUUUUUUUAUUGGCAUAUAUCUUCUUUUAGGGAGUACACCGUAUAUAAUAAGAGCAAGAAAUGAAAUGUCAUACG